UCGUCUUCUUAUACUCUCUCUCAUGCUCAAAGCUGCAGGAACAUUCUUAUCACACUGCAAGAGAUCAAAGCUUAAACCUUGCGUUAUAAGUUUUGUCAGAGUUUUUCAAUCUCUCUCUCUCUCUCUCCAUAGCAUUUCUGUGUUGAACUUGUGUCAUUGAACUGAGGAUUUGAGUUUGAUCGGAUCUUGAGAGCGAUGAUGUGGAGGAACAUUGCUCGCUUCUCCAAGGCUGCUGGAAGAACCGGCGGAUCUCGGAGGUGCUUGUCGACGGCGAUCCCUGGUCCUUGCAUAGUCCACAAGCGUGGUUCCGACAUCCUUCACGAUCCAUGGUUUAACAAGGACACAGGUUUUCCUUUGACUGAGAGAGAUAGAUUGGGGCUAAGAGGCUUGCUUCCUCCUCGUAUCAUCUCCUUUGAACAGCAAUAUGACCGUUUCAUUGAGUCCUUUCGGUCCCUAGAGAGGAACACACUAGGGCAGCCAGACAACGUUGUCUCUUUAGCCAAGUGGAGGAUUCUCAACAGGUUGCACGACCGUAACGAGACUUUGUACUACCGAGUCCUUAUUGAUAAUAUUAAAGACUUUGCACCAAUUAUAUACACACCCACCGUUGGACUGGUUUGUCAGAACUAUUCGGGUUUGUACAGAAGACCCCGAGGAAUGUACUUCAGCGCCAAAGACAAAGGAGAGAUGAUGUCUAUGAUAUACAACUGGCCUGCUCACCAGGUUGAUAUGAUUGUCAUCACUGAUGGUAGCCGUAUCCUUGGCUUAGGUGACCUUGGAGUCCAGGGUAUUGGGAUUCCUAUUGGCAAGCUCGACAUGUACGUGGCUGCUGCAGGAAUCAAUCCUCAGAGAGUUUUGCCAAUUAUGUUGGAUGUGGGAACGAAUAAUCAAAAGCUCCUACAGAAUCCUCUCUAUUUAGGACUCAGACAGCCUAGGUUGGAAGGAGAUGAGUACCUUGAGAUUAUUGAUGAAUUUAUGGAAGCUGCAUUCACACGCUGGCCUAAGGCCGUCGUACAGUUCGAAGAUUUCCAAGCGAAAUGGGCUUUUGAAACUUUGGAUAGAUAUCGAAAAAAAUUUUGCAUGUUCAAUGAUGAUGUCCAGGGAACAGCUGGUGUUGCUCUCGCUGGACUGUUGGGAACUGUAAGAGCCCAAGGUCGGCCUUUGUCCGACUUUGUGAACCAAAAGAUUGUUGUGGUGGGAGCUGGAAGUGCGGGGCUCGGUGUAACGAAGACGGCAGUACAGGCGGUUGCGAGAAUGGCAGGCAUCAGCUUCGCUGAAGCAACGAAAAACUUUUACCUAAUAGAUAAAGAUGGUCUUGUCACCACGGAGAGGUCAAAACUUGACCCAGCAGUUGUACCUUUUGCCAAAAAUCCAGCUGAGAUACGUGAGGGAGCAAGUAUCGUUGAAGUGGUGAAGACAGUGAGGCCACAUGUACUUCUUGGUUUAUCUGGAGUUGGUGGCAUCUUCAAUGAAGAAGUUCUAAAGGCAAUGCGAGAAUCUGAUUCAUGCAAGCCCGCCAUUUUUGCUAUGUCGAAUCCCACCUUAAAUGCCGAGUGCACUGCUGCUGAUGCAUUUAAGCACGCUGGAGAAAACAUAGUCUUUGGAAGUGGAAGCCCAUUUGAAAACGUUCAACUUGAGAAUGGUAACGUUGGGCAUGUGAAUCAGGCCAACAACAUGUACCUAUUCCCCGGGAUCGGGUUAGGGACUCUUCUAUCUGGUGCGCGUAUUGUAACUGAUGGAAUGUUGCUAGCAGCUGCAGAAUGCCUUGCGUCCUACAUGACUGACGAAGAAGUCCAAAAAGGCAUCCUUUACCCUUCAAUCAACAACAUCCGACACAUAACAGCUGAGGUAGGGGCGGCCGUUCUAAGAGCUGCGGUAUCUGAUGACAUUGUAGAAGGUCAUGGGGAUGUUGGUCCGAGAGAUCUCAGUCACAUGUCCAAGGAGGAGACAGUGGAUUACAUCACACGGAACAUGUGGUUCCCAAUUUACAGCCCUCUCGUGCACGAGAAAUAGACUCUUUGAACUCUCUCUCUCAGCUUUCAUGGAAAUGCCAAAAGACCCCCAACAAAAAGAAACCAUCUUAUUGUUUUCGAUCAACAACAACAUUCUUUCCCUUCCUAUUUUCUCGAGUAUGUUUUAAAAAAAACAAUGAUGGUAACGUUUUAAAGCAAUGCUAAAAGACGGCCUUAACAACAAGAGCAGGAAGGGUAGUUCUAGGUCACCUGUCCCUUGUCACUUUUUUUCAUUUUCUUGAUGAUUAUGUGGGAAUGAUUAUAUAUAUACAAUUUUCUUCUUAA